UCCAUUGGUCCGCUCGGCGAGGGGAGGAGCGCUGCCUCCCCGGAGCCCCCGCCGCCGCGAUGAGCUUUAGCCGCCUGUUCCGCCUGCUGAAGCCAGCGCUUCUCUGCGGGACCCUGGCGGUGCCCGGCCUGGCCGGCACCAUGUGCGCGUCCCGCGACGACUGGCGAUGUGCUCGCUCCAUGCACGAAUUCUCAGCCAAGGACAUCGACGGGCACAUGGUGAACCUGGACAAGUACCGGGGCUACGUGUGCAUCGUCACCAAUGUGGCCUCGCAAUGAGGCAAGACGGAGGUAAACUACACUCAGCUGGUCGACCUGCACGCCCGAUAUGCUGAGUGUGGUUUACGGAUCCUGGCCUUCCCUUGCAACCAGUUUGGGAGGCAGGAGCCAGGGAGUGAUGCUGAGAUCAAAGAAUUCGCUGCUGGCUACAACGUCAAAUUUGAUAUGUUCAGCAAGAUCUGUGUGAAUGGGGAUGAUGCCCACCCUCUGUGGAAGUGGAUGAAAGUCCAGCCCAAGGGGAGGGGCAUGCUGGGAAAUGCUAUCAAAUGGAACUUUACCAAGUUCCUCAUUGAUAAGAACGGCUGUGUGGUGAAGCGGUAUGGUCCCAUGGAAGAGCCCCAGGUCAUAGAGAAGGACCUGCCGUGCUACCUCUAGCUCCACAACUGUGUGCUGAGCCUGCUGCCUGUGCCCUCAGAGCCUUCCACCUGGCACCCAUGACAGUCUGCCUAAAAACCAGCCCCUGGUGGGGCAGACCUGAGAACCUGGCGUGCAACCCCGCCAGAGGAAGGUCCCUUGGCCCAGCUUGCAGCUCGCACCCCACCCCAGGCUGCCUUGUGGGAAUAAACCAUACAAAUUGGCUA